GGCAAAUCUGACCAUUUCAGUGAAUUUAUCAAAACAAUAUCAUCGAGAUGUUAUGUAAUCCCUAAUCGCUACCCUUGCGCCUUCUACCGCCGCCGCCGCCGCCGCCCUCCCGCUUCGAAGAGUUCGACUCCCGACGUUCGCCGUCGCCCAUACUCCGCAGAUCAUCGCCGAGCAUUGCUCCCAGCGCCAACCGUUGCUCCUCCCACUACCACUCCGACGCAGCUUACCUCCGACCCCCCUCGCCCUCCCUUCUAUUCCGGAGAUCGCCGCUGUCAUUAUCGCUCUUGUUGCGGAGAAGCAGGAAGCCGGAAACUAUGUGGAGUAAUACAAUCUUGAGGAGAGUUAUCCAUCCUGGAAGAGCAUUUUUCUCCCACCGAGAGUACAGUUCUAAAAUUUUCGUCAGCAGACUAUCAUUUUACACAACUGAUGAUGAGCUCAGAAAUACAUUUUCACAGUUUGGCCAAAUUAAAGAAGAUAUUAUGGCAGCCAGGCUCAUCAGGGAUCCAAGAACCAAUAGGCCUAAAGGUUAUGGCUUUGUGGAGUACUCUACCGAUGCUGAAGCGGAGAAGGCAAUAAAAUCUAUGGAUGGAAAGAUAUAUGGUGGGAGGCUGAUUUUUGUGGAACAUGCCAAAUCUGAAUCCACGGGCGAAACAUAAAUCUGGUGGCUGGAACGCCACAGACGAUGCUUCCUUCCUAUGAUUUCCUCUUUUUGGGCAAACCUUUAUUUUAUUGUAUGAAAAAUGGUUACCCAUGUUCUUCUGAUGCUCCGUCUCCUUAACACCUUUUGAAUACGCUGCUGAACGUUAGAGAUUCGUAUAAACAAAUUGCAAUCUGAUCGAUAAAAUUUAAAGCUUAUUCAGACCU